AUGGUGCGCGCUGUGCUUGUGGUGCUGUGCGCACUGUUUGCGGCUGAUAGGGUGAAAUGCGCAAUCACCAUGUGCUCAGCUAAAGCCUGCUUCACCCUGCAUACACACAUGGUCCCGUUCGAGCAAGCCAACACCAGUUGCUACGAAAAAGGAGGAUAUUUGGUUACAAUAAAAGACGACUUUAAAUAUGGAGAGGUGAAAUCCCUGCUCGGGGCAGCCGGGGAGCUUUCUGUGGGGCAACGAAUCUGGAUUGGACUGAAACUUUCCAGGGGGAGAUGCGUUCUCAGUGAGGAAAAGUUGCACGGCUUCAGGUGGAUUACCGGGGCCACGGAUUCCUCUUACUCGAACUGGAAAAAAGAACCCGAGAGUACUUGUACCAAGGAACGUUGCGUUAUGAUUACUUCAUCUGAUGAACUCAAAUGGAGCGAUAGAUCGUGUAAAGACCGCGCGUAUUAUAUGUGCAUGUUUUAUUUCAAGGGUAUGUGCAAACCCUUGCUGCUGGCAGGACCCGGACAAGUUAAUUAUACACUUCCAUUUUCAGAAUUUACACUUGGUAUGGGGUUUACCAUGUUACCACAUGCCACACAGGCAGAAAUAAACUGUGCCAGUGAUCAGGAUGGCACAAAUCAUUACGCCAUGUGUAAAGAGAAAGGCGACGUUUUUAUGUGGGAACCUGCAGGACCUUUUUGCGCAUCGGGACAGCGCACUUGCAAUCACAAAAACGGGGGAUGUGAUCAGCUUUGCGUCGAGAUGAAAGGUUCAGUGCAUUGUGCGUGCAAGGAUGGAUACGGUCUUGGAAAUGAUCGUGUUACAUGUGUGCCCAAGGACAAAUGUCUUGAUUCUUUAUGUGAACACGCCUGUGUAUCCACACCGACCGGUUUUGCGUGCGUGUGUCCAAACGGUUUUGCGCUUUCCACCAACAAAAGGAGCUGCGUCGACGUCGAUGAAUGUUCCCAGGAUGUUUGUGAUGGUCAUAUAUGUCACAACAGACCUGGAAGCUAUGAGUGUGAAUGUAAAAUAGGUUUUAACAAGGUUAGUGGAAAGUGCGAGGACGUUGAUGAAUGCGAGCAAUCACAGUGUGCGCAAAUGUGUCUUAAUUCUCAAGGUUCGUUCUUCUGUUACUGCUUACCAGGAUUCAAACAGCAUGGACGGGACUGUCUAGACAUCGAUGAAUGUCUUAAUCGGCCGUGUGAAGGUCUGUGCAACAACACCAUUGGCAGCUACACGUGUUUUUGUAAUACAAACUUCCAUUUAGCUGAUAACGGUGUCAGUUGUGUUCAAGAUCAAAGCCAAGAGGCAACCACACCCGAUUUUAAAGGGUCAUUAACUGAAGCUCUGGAUCAGUCUUUGACUUCCACAGUUGGGCCGCGUUUAAGUACCAAUACAACCGCAGGGACGCAUCAUAGUGUGCGCAAGAAUGGCUCCAAGGGCAGUUUGGGAAUUUUGGUGUAUGUUAUGGCCUCUGUAAUUCCUCUUGGUCUGCUUAUUCUGGUCAGUGGGGUUGUUGUGAUAUACCGGUGGAAUCGCUCAUGCAAAAAAACUAAGAAGAAAAGCGUCCCGGUGGACAGCUAUUGUUGGGUUUCUUCUGCAUACACAGCUCACUUAGAAACAGAAAGAAACAGAAUUUACUGA